GUAAUAAUGAGGGUAGACUGAUAAAACAAAAUUAGCUGUCAAAGUUCGUGUGGCAAAACCAGUGUUGACCAGUGUUAUUUGUCAUUUACGCCUGUACGUGCGGAGACCGACGAUAUGUUUACCACUUUACCUUCAAACAGUAUCCAAUGUAACAUGAAUCGUACUAGGCCCAACACAUCGCUGACCAAUUUGCUCAGGUUGUCAAAGUUGUGCUACAACUGGCGGAUAAAAUGAAUUUGGAGACCAAUGAAUGCUUUCAUGGUAUGGUCCAGAAUGAGGAGAAAAAGGAUAUCACAGGACUAUCCUCGACUCCACAACUCCGAAAUUUCUAAGCUUUUGGGAGCCGAGUGGAAACUCCUAUCUGAAAUUGAAAAAAGACCGUUUAUAGAUGAGGCAAAACGACUUCGUAGUCAACAUAUGUUAGAACAUCCUGAUUACAAAUAUAGACCUAGAAGAAAACCGAAAAUUGAUAAGGAUUGUCUAAAGGCACAAUCAGGCUUACAAGUGGAGAAUUGCCGGAAUCUUUGCAGUCAAAGCAGUACGAUACCUCCAGUAACAUCACUAACAACCGUAACCUCGGAGCAGUAUUCAACAUUGCCCUUUACGAUUUCAAUACCAUCUUCAGACAAGAUAUCAGUAGCUUACCAGCAGAAUAGCCAGAAAAUGACUCGACCUCAGGACGAUUUUUGUCUACAACAAUCAAGACCACAACCGUAUCUGCAGAGCUUACCAAGCUUACCUCCAUAUUCUUCUUUACAAGGGAGUUUGCACCACAAUGCGAUAAUAAGAGCAGCUUCGAUUUAUGCUUAUCACGAUUUUGCUUCUAGUGCGGGGUUUCCUAUAUAUCUGCCUCAUGUUUAGUAUGUACUAUUGCAUCAAGAUAGUGAAUAAUUAUAUCAAAUAUUUAAUAAAUAUUGGUAUUUAUUACUGAAAGAUCACACCCCCUUUUUUAUUAUAAUUCGGUUCAAAAUCAUUUUUUUCGUUAACCAUGCAUUGUUGGCAAAGUUAUGAGCAAAUUUUUUGUGAGUUAUUCAACCCGUCAAUUCCCAAGGUCCCCAGAGUGGACCAAUUUUCAAUAUUUUUUCAAAAAUUCUGCCUUAAGUUGAAGUCGAUCAUUCUCAUCACUGAGAUGAAGGGAAACAUCGAUUUGCAGAGAAAACCUCCUUAGCUGGUAGAAACGUGGAUGAAGUUGUUCUCUUGAGCGUAUUUCGCGCCCUUUUGAUACUGGCUUCUAUUAUUGCUUACAAUGGAAUCUAAAAGGUAUGUUUAGUAUUAUCCAUAUUAAGAUUCGUUUUUUGAAUGUAUUUUUUUCAAAUAAUCAAUUAAUGUUGUAUGGAGUAAUUAUAUUUAUUUUACAAGUUUGAUAUGAC